AUGUGGCCAGCAAUUGUUCUGGAUGAAUCUCCCGUUGGUGUCCAUAAAGGUCUAAACAAAAUUUCAGUUGAAAAAUCAGUUAAGGUGCAAUUUUUUGGCACCCAUGAUUUUGCAAGGGUUAAAACGACACAAGUUAUCUCAUUUCUUAGAGGACUGCUUUCUUCUUUCCACCUGAAGUGCAAGAAAUCAAAUUUUGUUCAAAGCUUAGAGGAAGCAAAAAUGUGA